CGGCCCAGCUGCCCCCUUCCCCGCACGACGGACUUUCCCUGGACCCCAGUCAGUUGGAGCCUCUGGCGCCCCGCAACCCCGGCCCCUCGGGCCUCUGCACAGCCUCUUUCACUCAGAAGCUCAGGUCGCCUCCAGCCCAGGUUAACUUGGGAGGGUGACUCCCUUCUAUUCCCAGCACUAUGCCAGGGACUGUGGCAACACUGCGGUUCCAGCUGCUGCCCCCUGAGCCAGAUGAUGCCUUCUGGGGUGCACCUUGUGAACAGCCCCUGGAGCGCAGGUACCAGGCACUGCCGGCCCUCGUCUGCAUCAUGUGCUGUUUGUUUGGAGUCGUCUACUGCUUCUUCGGUUACCGCUGCUUCAAGGCAGUGCUCUUCCUCACUGGGUUGCUGUUUGGCUCGGUGGUCAUCUUCCUCCUGUGCUACCGAGAGCGGGUGCUAGAGACACAGCUGAGUGCUGGGGCGAGCGCAGGCAUCGCGCUGGGCAUCGGGCUGCUCUGUGGGCUGGUGGCCAUGCUGGUGCGCAGCGUGGGCCUCUUCCUGGUGGGGCUGCUGCUCGGCCUGCUGCUCGCAGCUGCUGCCCUGCUGGGCUCCGCACCCUACUACCAGCCAGGCUCUGUGUGGGGUCCACUGGGGCUGCUGCUGGGGGGCGGCCUGCUCUGUGCCCUGCUCACUCUGCGCUGGCCCCGCCCACUCACCACCCUGGCCACCGCCGUGACUGGUGCUGCGCUCAUCGCUACUGCCGCUGACUACUUUGCUGAGCUGUUACUGCUGGGGCGCUACGUGGUGGAGAGACUCCGGGCCGCUCCUGUGCCCCCCCUCUGCUGGCGAAGCUGGGCCCUGCUGGCACUCUGGCCCCUGCUCAGCCUGAUGGGCGUUCUGGUGCAGUGGCGGGUGACAGCUGAGGGGGACUCCCAUACAGAAGUGGUCAUCAGUCGGCAGCGCCGACGUGUGCAACUGAUGCGGAUUCGGCAGCAGGAAGAUCGCAAGGAGAAAAGGCGGAAAAAGAGACCUCCUCGGGCUCCCCCCAGAGGUCCCCGGGCUCCUCCCAGGCCUGGGCCCCCAGACCCUGCUUAUCGGCGCAGGCCAGUACCCAUCAAACGCUUCAAUGGAGACGUCCUCUCCCCGAGUUAUAUCCAGAGCUUCCGAGACCGGCAGACCGGGAGCUCCCUGAGCUCCUUCAUGGCCUCACCCACAGAUGCGGACUAUGAGUAUGGGUCCCGGGGACCUCUGACAGCCUGCUCAGGCCCCCCAGUGCGGGUAUAGCCAUAUCUCUGCCUGUCUAGACUCUGCAGUCACCAGCUCUGCCAGCUCGUGGAGGCCUGCCAGGCUGUCACCCAGGCCCCUGGCUUUGGCUGUCCCUCUCCCCAGCCUGGAGAGGGCUGGCCUGAUCAUUAGAAGGGAGGUUGUCUCAGGCGAGGCUUGGCCUAAGAGGAAAGGCCCCUCCCAAGCUCCCAAGGGGCUCCUGAGGAACUCGGGGUGUGAACCCCAUUGGGGUGUGCUCAGGGUUGUAAGUGUGUUGCCCGUGUGUGUGUAUGUGUGUGUGGGGGGGCAGGCUUGGAGGGGACACUGUGACCCUUGCCUUAGAUUUCUGACUGGUAGGGUUUCUCCAGGCCGGGUCCCACCUCCUCCCCGCCCCGCCGGAGUCCCAUGGGCCACCUCCUGCAUGUCUCCGCGGAGGGGCUGCCUUCCUCCCCAUCACCCUGCCUCCCAGCCAGACUCAUCUAAGGGUUCUUGUCCUUGUCUGUGGGGCAAACUGUAGCACCCCUCACCCUGGUCCCCUGGCCUCUACAAAGCCACCAGCCUGAGGGCAGUGGCAGGAGAUGGGGGUGGGGGGUGCUGCUCUGGGCCAGGCUGGGUUGGGAAGGGAGUUGGGGAGGGGCUUAAAUGCACGGUGCAUGUCUGGUGUCUGUCAUGCCAACCUGGACACCUCAUGCUUCUGUCUCCCCCAUCCCACUUUGUUUUACAUCUUUUAUAAAUGUGCCAAACUGCGUGGCCUCUGCCAGGAA